AUGAUCUCCGCCACGGAGUCGACUGCGGAUAAUAAGCGUCAAGUCUUGGAACAGCUGAGGUUCAGCAAAAAUAGUCGGGAAAAUCGCACUCAGGUCUCGCCUUUACCACCUGAUACGGCAUUAGAGUCACCAAGUCAAUCACAAUACCCUACACCACCUCCACAAUCGAGAGAUGCGACCGUUCCCUCUCGCUUUUUCCCGACCACUCCGUCCACACUAGGCAAUGUCCUUGUCCCAAAUUCGAGUCCAACGUCCUAUGAAGAUACUACAACUCGACCAUACCAACCUUACAACCAUUUACGUAGCCACGACGUGGCAUCGACGUCUGGUUCAUUUUACAAUGGGGAUUGGAUGCAGCCGCGGGGUAAUUUCAUGGUGGACCCUUUAAGUGCUCCCAGCGGAUUCGUCUCCCAUGGUGCGUCAUCCAACGCGUCUUUACGUCGCCAAUGGAAUGGGGACGAACACUUUAAUCACAACGAUGGUCCUCCGCGCAAGAAAGUCAACCGAGGCACAUCGGCGGACGCGUUCGCUGUUCCAGAGUCUCCUCCGUCGCCGGUUAUCCAACGUAUGGGAAAUCGACGGACUGUGCAGAUGAUCGGAGGAGAUGCCAUGUCGUUCUCCUCUGACGAGUCCUUCACUGAAUCUAGUCGCAAUGGAGCUGGUCCUUCAAAACCUCGCCUCACCAAAACGCGACCAAGUCCUUCUCCCGAGUCACAAUCCACGUCCGAACCCCCAUCAGACCGGGAGUUUAUUAGUUUCAAAAUGACACAUCCUUUAGAGUCUGCGGCUCGAAUCCAAGCUGCGUGGACACAGUCCGGCAGUGAUAUGAAGAAGGCUACAGGCUUUCUGUCCGAUCCCGCCUGGUCACCGACGCCUACAACCAAAAGUCCUGAGAAAGAUCAUCUGGGUAAGGUGAAGGAAAUUGAAGAAGCAAACAAGGCACAGCGAGCCGCAGUGAAGGAGAAGGGCAAGAAAUCACUCAUUUACGCCAACCGUCCUGUCUUGGAGGCCAAGAUACCUUCCACUCCUCCGCUGUCGAAACCUCUAAUUGACCUUACGGCACCUUCACCUGGAGUUCUCGCUUCACCUCUAACACCUGCAAUUCGUGGGCCUCAACGAAAGCGGGCGAAGAAGCUUGUCAUCCAUUCCGAUUCUGAAUCGGGCGCGGACGACGAGAGCGACGAUGACCGAGGGUCGAAACGCAGUCGUUCGGAAACGAGUUACGAGAUGCGAGCGUUGGAGUAUCUCAACACUUCUGGUGCUGAUGCGUUACAGGAACUUACUGGCUGUACCCCCGAGCAAGCCGAGGUCAUCAUUAGUCUUCGACCAUUCGAGUCCGGCGACGAUAUUCGAAACAAGCUAGGACGAGGAAAGAAGAAGGCAGGUCCCAGUGGCAUUAGUCCUCGAAUGUUCGAGGAUUGCACCGAGAUGCUGAAGGGUUACGGGUCGGUGGAUAAUGUGCUUGAAGACUGCGAAAAGAUUGGUGCCUCACUUCGUGCAACUAUUUCUUCAUGGAGCCAGAGUAAUGUGCAAUCAAACGAAAACAAGGAGGACGGUGCCAUAAGUCUGUUAUCCCUGGCAUCGUUAAAGUCUCGCAACGCGAAGAACUAUCUGACAACCCAACCCAAGCUGCUGUCCGAUACAGUUACGCUGAAAGAAUACCAGCUGCUUGGUGUCAAUUGGCUUAAUCUGUUGUAUCGCAGCAACCUAAGCUGUAUUCUUGCGGAUGAAAUGGGUCUAGGGAAAACUAUUCAAGUUAUAAGCUUCCUUGCAUACCUUAAGGAAAUAGGAAACAAAGGUCCUCAUCUCAUUGUUGUACCAUCAUCAACCCUAGAAAAUUGGUGUCGCGAGUUCUCAAAAUUUGCGCCAUCGAUAUCUGUUCAAACUUAUUACGCGGACAAGAAGGAGCGACCAAUGCUUCGUCAGACUCUUCUGGACACUCAGAGAUCUAGUAUAAGGCGGGAGGGAUGGGAGGUUUUGAUCACAACAUAUAACCUUGCUCAAGGCGACGACCGCGACAGAAAGUUCUUCCGCAAGAUCGAUUGGGACUGCUGUGUCUACGACGAAGGCCAUGUCCUAAAGAACUUCCAGUCCCAACGAUACCAAUCCUUGUUAAAGUUUGGCUCCAACUGGAGGCUGUUGUUGACGGGCACCCCUCUCCAGAACAAUUUGCAAGAGUUGGUUUCGCUAUUGAACUUCAUCCUUCCAGACAAAUUUGCGGACUCUAUGGAAGACCUGCGGGCUAUCUUCAAGGUCAAGGGAGAUACCAAGGUUUCGUUGCUUUCGCAGGAGCGCAUAUCGAGAGCUAAAAAGAUGAUGACGCCAUUCGUCCUACGUCGCCGAAAAGAUCAAGUACUGAAAGACUUGCCCAACAAGACGGAACGGAUAGAGUGGUGUGACAUGACCGAGCUUCAACGAACCAUCUAUCGGGAAACUCUUCAACGCUCUCGCAAAAUCGUCCUCGAACCCAAGAACGAAGAGCCCAACGGAGUAGGUGGUACAAAGUCGGCGAAGAAAACAAAGGCUGGCGCCCGCGCAAAGGACAAGCAAUACGCAGAGAACAGUUCUAAUGUUCUCAUGGACCUUCGCAAAGCUGCUUCCCAUCCAAUGUUGUUUCGUAUGAGGUUCACGGACGACACAUUGACGGGAAUCACCAAGCAGCUCUUGAAGGAGCCCGACUUCAGUUCACGCGGGGCGUUGUUCGAACACGUCAAAGAAGAUAUGUCCGUCAUGACGGAUGCCGAGCUACAGAUCUUCUGUGCCACUUACAAGGCGAUCGACGCGGAAUUUACCCAAAUCUUGGAUAUCCUGCAAGCUGUGUUGAAACACCAUGACGUCAAAUUUCUGGUUCUCACUGGCAGCACGCCUGUUGACAUUCGCCAAACUUUGGUGGACGAGUUCACCGAAGACGACUCCAUACCUAUUUUUCUUCUUUCCACUAAGGCUGGUGGAAUGGGGAUCAAUUUAACGGCCGCUUCCGUUGUCAUCAUGUUCGACCAGGACUUCAACCCUCACAACGACCGCCAGGCUCAAGACAGAGCCUAUCGGAUCGGGCAGAAAAGAGACGUCGAGGUCGUGAAAUUGAUCUCAAAAGGGACUAUCGAAGAAGACAUGCUUCGCCUUGGCGAGACUAAACUGGCCCUCGAUGAGGCAGUGGCGGGCGAUGGUGAUGGUGAUGAGAAGGAAGACAGUGCACCAGAGCGAGCGAUGAGGACCUCGUUGAUGAACGUGUUGAGACAGCAACUUGAGAACGAACAAUCAGACGACACUCCAGACCCUUCUAAGAGCUAA